AAUAGUAAAAUAUCUUGUUGAAAAGGGCGCUGAUGUAAAUGGCAAAAAAAACAAACAGGUGGUCUGUGUUGCACUUUGCUGUUGCUCAAGGUAAGCUUGAGAUAGUAAAAUAUCUUGUUGAGAAGGGCGCUGAUGUAAAUGGCAAGGAUAUUGACGGGUGGACAGUGUUGCAUUCUGCUGUUGCUGAAAGUACGCUUGAAAUAGUAAAAUAUCUUGUUGAAAAGGGCGCUGAUGUAAAUGGCAAGGAUACUGACGGAUGGACUGUGUUGCACUUUGCUGUUGCUAAAGGAACGCUUGAAAUAGUAAAAUAUCUUUUUGAAAUGGGCGCUAAGGUAAAUAGUGAGGAUACUGAGGGGUGGACUGUGCUGCACUCUGCUGUUACAGAGGGUACAUUUGAGAUAGUAGAAUAUCUUGUUGAAAAGGGCGCUGAUGUAAAUGGCAAAGAAACAAACAGGUGGUCUGUGUUGCACUCUGCUGUUGCUAAAGGAACGCUUGAAAUAGUGAAAUAUCUUGUUGAAAAGGGCGCUAAGGUAAAUGGUGAGGAUACUGACGGGUGGACUGUGCUGCACUCUGCUGUUUCAGAGGGUACGCUUGAGAUAGUAGAAUAUCUUGUUGAAAAGGGCGCUGAUGUAAAUGGUGAGGAUACUGACGGGUGGACUGUGCUGCACUCUGCUGUUUCAGAGGGUACGCUUGAGAUAGUAGAAUAUCUUGUUGAAAAGGGCGCUGAUGUAAAUGGUGAGGAUACUGACGGGUGCACUGUGCUGCACUCUGCUGUUAAACAAGGUACGCCUGAAAUAGUAAAAUAUCUUGUUGAAAAGGGCGCUGAAGUCCACAAUAAUAAUCUUGGCAUGGAUAUUUUGAAGAUAGCAAUUAUCAAAAAUUCGGUUAAUUUGGUUACUCUUUUGUUAAAAAAGAACGCGAACUUAUGGAAAUGUGGAACAUUUUUCAUUGAUGGAAGAAAUUUGAGUCUUCUUGAAAUGAGCAUUCACCUUGGUUAUGAUGAAAUUGCAACUAUUCUGAAAAGGUCCGUAAGACAUCGUGAGAAAAUUCAGGUGCUUUGUACAACGAAUUGCAACCAAUUAGAGAAGACUGAAAUUCCAAUACAGGCUUUUGUCGCUGACAAGCAAUUCAGAAUUGGUGAUGGUGGUUAUUCGUGUGUUUUUGUUGGUCUCAUGAAGGAUGGAAGUGAAGUUGCUGUCAAGAGAAUGAUGUCGCAAAAGUGUGAUAAAAUAGCUGAAAACGAAAAGGAAAUUAUGAGUCUUCUAAAAACAGAAAAUUCUCCUUUUAUUGUGAGCUAUCGACAUUUUCAUAAGGACGAGAAUUUCAUACAUCUAAUUGUUGAUCUUUGUGAGGAAACCCUGACUGAACUUGUAGACUCUCACACUAUUGAGCAGCUGCAAGAGCAAGGUCCAAAAAUGUGCUCGUUGUGA